CCAGGUAUGGCGCCGUCUGCAGGCGAGGCCGUGACAGCGGCUGUGGACGUACGCAGCGUCGGCGACCUGCAGAGUCAACUCCGCGCCAUGUCAUAUAGCGAGCCAUUCGGAGUGGAGAGUGCGCGCCUCGUCCGCCGCCUCCUUACAGACCUGGCGACGGCUUCGGAAGCGCGAGAAGCAACGGAGAAGAAGCUGGAGAAGGCACAGAGAGAUGCACUGGAGCUGUCGCAGAUCCUGCUGCCGCUGCGCAAGGAGAACGCGCAGCUCACGAAGGAAAACAACAGCGUAAGGUGGACGAGCGGUAGAACCAGGGGGGACGAGGUGUAG